GCGGCGUUCGGGUUGUGUUUACGGCUGUACUGCUGGUUUGUGCCAUGUUCAGUCAAACCUCUGUGGAAUAAAAACAAAAAAAAGUAUUUCGAGGAAACAGGUGAUUCGGCUCACUGAGUGUCAUUCAUGAGUGCGUCCGGCUCGGUGUAGCAGUCAUGGAUGACAUGGCCUCCGUGGGGAAAAUUAGUGCCUCCUCUGACUCUGUGUCCACUCUGAACAGUGAGGACUUUGUCCUGGUGUCCCGCCUCGGGGACGAGACCCCAUCCACUAAUAACGGCAGUGACGAUGAAAAAACAGGCCUGAAGGUGAUUUCUGAGGAAGGGGUCAGCUUUAAGAUUGUGGGUAACGGCAGUGAGCAGCAGUUGCAGAGGGAACUUGAGGAUGUCCUGAUGGACCCAUCAGUGGCUGACGUGACUCCCGGAUUGGACCAUGUGGGCAGGGAGGAUCAGGGCUACCCCACCACUGCGGCCCCACCACAACCCUGUCCUGCACCCCCGAAACUGGAGAUAGUGCUGCCUAUUCGGGGAGCUCAUCAGGAUGAGAGUUUGGCGAUGAGCCCAGGGACGCCGCUGCUGGACGAGGACAGCGUGGUGUUCAGUAAGCUGACAUACCUGGGCUGUGCAUCAGUUAACGCCCCCCGCAGUGAGGUGGAGGCGCUGCGUAUGAUGAGCAUUCUUCGCAGCCAGUGCCAGGUGCCCCUCGAUGUCACUCUCUCUGUACCUGGAGUCUCUGAGGGAACUGUCAGGUUGUUGGACCCUCAGAGUGGGACUGAAAUAUCUAACUACCCCAUCUAUAAGAUCCUGUUCUGUGUUCGGGGUCAUGACGGGACACCAGAGAGUGACUGUUUCGCCUUCACAGAGAGCCACUACAAUGCCGAGAUCUUCCGUAUCCAUGUCUUCCGCUGCGAGAUCCAAGAAGCGGUCAGCAGAAUACUCUACAGUUUUGCCACAGCCUUUCGGCGGUCAGCCAAUAAGGCAUUGCUCACAGCUCAAGCUCCGCCCCUCACACCAGACAGUGAUGUUUUCACCUUCACCGUGAGUCUGGAGAUCAAAGAGGAUGAUGGGAAGGGCACCUUCAGUGCCGUGUCAAAGGACAAGGACAGACAGAGCUUCAAGCUUCGUCCUGGGAUGGACAAAAAGAUCGUCAUCUAUGUUCAACAGACGUCUAAUAAAGAGCUGGCCAUCGAAAGAUGUUUCGGUCUUCUUUUAAGCCCAGGGAAGAAUGUGAGGAACAGUGACAUGCACUUGUUAGACCUGGAGUCGAUGGGGAAGAGUUCAGAUGGUAAAUCUUACAUCAUUACAGGGAGCUGGAAUCCCAACACACCUCAAUUUCAGGCUGUCAAUGAAGAGACACCUAAAGAUAAGUUUAUGUACAUGACGACGGCGGUGGAUCUGGUGAUCACGGAGGUGGAGGAGCCGGUACGCUUCUUGUUGGAGACGCGUGUGAGGGUGUGUCCACCCACUGACAGACUCUUCUGGCCUUUUAGCAAGCGCAGCUACACUGAGACCUUCUACUUAAAACUGCGACAGCUGGAGAGGAAGAGUAACACAGACACGCUGUAUGAGGUGGUGAGUUUGGAGAAUGAGACCGAGAGGGAGAAGAAGAAAACGACGGCGAGUCCCAGCAUCCUGCCCUCUGCUUCACACAGCUCCAUGGCUCCCUCACCUCCUGAGGAUGAUGAGGAGGAAGAUAAUGACGAGCCACUGCUGAGCGGUUCUGGUGAUGUGUCUAAAGAGUGCGCUGAGAAGAUUUUGGAGACGUGGGGAGACCUCCUGUCCAAAUGGCACAUGAACCUGGCUGUUCGACCCAAACCACUCCCGGCGCUCGUCCGCAGUGGUGUCCCCGAAGCCCUCCGGGGGGAGGUGUGGCAGCUCCUUGCUGGUUGCCAUAACAACGACCAUCAGGUGGAGGAGUACCGCACUCUCAUUACAAAGGAAUCUCCUCAGGACAGUGCCAUCACUCGAGAUAUUAAUCGCACAUUUCCAGCACACGACUACUUUAAGGACACUGGAGGUGACGGUCAGGACUCGCUGUACAAGAUCUGUAAGGCAUAUUCGGUGUACGAUGAGGAGAUCGGCUACUGUCAGGGUCAGUCCUUCCUGGCUGCCGUCCUGCUGCUCCAUAUGCCGGAGGAACAGGCGUUUAGCGUACUGGUGAAGAUCAUGUUUGACUACGGUCUCAGGGAACUCUUCAAACAGAACUUUGAAGACCUACACUGCAAGUUCUUUCAGCUGGAGAGACUCAUGCAGGAAUACAUUCCAGAUUUGUACUCGCACUUCUUUGCUAUAGGUUUGGAAGCGCACAUGUACGCCUCCCAGUGGUUCCUCACGCUCUUUACAGCUAAGUUUCCUCUGUACAUGGUGUUUCACAUCAUUGACCUGCUGCUCUGUGAGGGAAUCAGUGUCAUAUUUAAUGUAGCUCUGGCUUUACUGAAGACGUCGAAGGAUGACCUCCUGCAGGCUGACUUUGAGGGAGCGCUGAAGUUCUUCCGUGUGCCCGUGCCCAAACGGUACCGCUCCGAAGAGAAUGCCAAGAAGCUCAUGGAGCUCGCGUGCAGCAUGAAGAUCAGUCAGAAGAAGCUGAAAAAGUAUGAGAAAGAGUAUCACACGAUGCGAGAGCAACAGGAGCAACAAGAGGCCCCCAUUGAGAGAUAUGAGAGGGAGAACCGGCGUCUGCAGGAAGCCAACAUGCGUCUGGAGCAGGAGAACGAUGACCUCGCCCAUGAGCUGGUCAGCAGUAAGAUCUCACUCAGAAAGGACCUGGACAACGCGGAGGAGAAGGCCGACGCUCUAAACAAAGAGCUCCUCAUCACGAAACAGAAACUGAUCGACUCUGAGGAUGAGAAGAGACGGCUGGAGGAUGAAGCGGCACAGCUGAAGGAGAUGUGCCGAAGAGAGCUGGACAAAUCGGAGUCGGAGAUCAAAAAGAACGGCUCCAUCAUCGGAGAAUACAAACAGAUCUGCUCCCAGCUGAGUGAACGACUUGAGAAACAGCAGGCGGCUAACAGAGGAGAGCUGGAGAAGAUCCGGAUGAAGGUGGAGGGCUGUGAGAAGUGCAGCGUGCUCUUCAGUAAAGAGGGCCGGCUGAAGGCUGUGAGUGUUCCGAAAGAGCUGAGUGAGGAUGAGACUGAUGAGGAGAAAGAAGCUCUGCAGGUGCAGCUCAGGGAGAUGGAGCUGGAACUCGCUCAGACCAAACUGCAACUGGUGGAAGCUGAGUGCAAGAUCCAGGAUUUGGACCACCAUUUGGCUCUGGCACUGAAUGAAGUCCAAGCGGCUAAAAAGACCUGGUUCAACCGAACUUUAAGUUCCAUUAAGACGGUGACGGGAGCUCAGGGCAAAGAGACCACCUAAAAAAUCUCUCUCUCUGUGUGGUGAAUCUCCACAGCACCCAAACAAACCAUUAUAUUUUUCCUUUUUUGUAAAAAGAUCCAUAUCUUUGCAGAGUGGAAACAAAACACACCGAAUAUACUAAAGCAGAGGAGGCUUUAGGGUUAGGCUUUAUACUACUGACACACACACGACAUUAAACACACUCGAGCUACUGUUCUACUCCAGACUACUUGCACAAUAUAAACCCACAAGCAUCAACAAACUAACAGCCUCCUUUUGGGAAGAUUUUAUAAUUUCUGUUUGAUUUUGUGAAGUUAUAGGUUUAAUUAUGUUAGAGGUGUGUGUGCGCGCACGCAAGCACGCACUCGCUCACUCGAGGAACCUUGUGCCAUUGACUGUGAGUGACCGUACGCAACGGCGAUUUUCAUCGUUUGAGAAGAGGGACAAGGUAAUGAAGCACAUUUAUAUAAUAAAAGUAAUGGCACCCCUUUGCUGGUAUUAGCAAUGUACACUAAAGAGAGAAGCGAUAGUCUGAGAUGAACCAGAGAGCGUGAGGGAAUGAAAAAUGGAGGCUUCCAUGACGCAGAAGUCACUUGUUUUAUGAUUAAAGGUGCCAUCAGUGAUUUUUUAAGUCAUAAUAUUUAUCCUCCAUAUGUAUAAAAUAUUCACUAAGAGGAGACCUCUGGAUCUCAGACUGUAAAUAGGAGAAGAGUGGGGGGGGGGGAGAAAGUGACAUUUUAAUUAAAAAAAAAAGUGGGCCACUAACAUCCAACCAAUCAGGACAAGGCAGCAUGUCUACUUAAGGACAAGCUCCACCUCUAAUAUAGGUGGGUUUGUUUAAUCGCUGAGUCCACCUUUAAACACCCCCUAAGUUUCUGAUGUAUCCACUGAUGAGUGAAAGCUGGCACGCUAGUGCGAUCCCUUUUUAUUAGCAUUAACUUUAUCAUCAGUGGAUCUGGGUUCGUCAGAGUUGCGUCCUGAAGCACUUAUUUAGCGUGUGUGUGAGAGAAAAUGCUCUCUCAUACACACACGCGUUCUGAAAAGUGGUGAGCACAAACGUGUGAUCAUCUCAGACCGUGUGUGUGUGUGUGUGCGUACACAAAAAGGCUGUGUAAAGAACACUCUGGGUUUUUAGGUUUUUGCACAUUAUAGACAUAUUUAUAACAGAAUCUGGCUCGCUUGAGUUUGGUUAAUGUUACAGGAAACCCCUUUUUCUUGUUGAAAAAUAAAUAUUUAAAAGCAAAAAAAAGGCAGGGGUCAUUCCACGAGGCACUGGCGGCUUGUACAUAAGAAGCAUUAAAUGGGUUCGUUUUUGUUUUGUCUGUUAUUUUGUAUUUCUACUCCAUGGUAACGUUACUAAUGUUGCCUUGUAUACGUUGCUUUAAAGGUUCUGUCUUUAAUGUCGAACUGCUGUCUCAUCUAUUACAUGCCAAAAUUUAUCCUCAUCCAGCAUUAUGUAUGUAUGAACAUGGUAAUAGUGUAGCUGCAUUGUGUAUACGUCAUCAAUUUCAAUAUAAAGCUACCGAACACAAAUAAUGUCCCGCUGUGUGUGGAUUUAUUCUUUGAGUACAAAUUUGGAAACAUGCGGUACGAAAACGUGUCAUCUCUGACAGGAAAAUGUCGAGGAUUUCUGAAGUGCUGUUUUUUUGACUGAAGAGAAGCACGAACGUGAUUCAGCGAGUGUUCUGAAGAAUGAGUUAAAAAUAAAGACAUGGCAUUUUAACCCUUUCAUGUACAAUGUUGUCUGGACUGUCAAUUUACUGUAAGAGGAAAAAAAAAGACAAAUUAAGAAAAUGUAAUAUCUCCAAAACUUCUACAAAAUUACAACUUGAAUAAAAAAAAAAUCAUGAUAUAA